AUGCUUGACACCAGCAAGGUCUUCUCCCUCGAAGGGAAGGGUCUGAAGCUCGACACGGCCGCCGAUGUCGAGGCCCAUAUCGCCGAUCUCCGUGCCAACGACGUCGAGGAGGUCCGUCUGCUCGGAAACACGCUCGGCGUCGAAGCGUGCAAGCUGCUAGGCGAAGUCCUGGCCACGAAGAAGAACCUCAAGGUUGCCAACCUUGCCGAUAUUUUCACGGGAAGACUCCUGUCCGAAAUCCCCGAUGCCCUGUCGUCGCUUCUUACCUCGAUCCUGAACCUGCCGAAACUCAACACCAUCAACCUCAACGACAACGCGUUCGGUCUCAACACGCAGGCACCACUGGUCGCCUUCCUCGCCGCUCACGUUCCCCUUCAACACCUCUACCUCAACAACAACGGGCUCGGGCCCCACGCCGGCAUCCUCAUCGCCGACUCCCUCUCCGAGCUUCAUGCGAAGAAGGAGGCGGCUCGGAAGCAGGGCCAGACGGUGCCUGAUCUCGAGACGGUCAUCUGCGGACGAAACCGGCUGGAGAACGGCAGCAUGACGGCAUGGGCCAAGACGUUUCGGCUGCACAGCAAGGUCAAGGAGAUCAAGAUGGUCCAGAACGGCAUCCGGCAGGAGGGCAUCGCUCACCUCCUCAGCGAGGGUCUCAACCAAGCGACGGAGCUGCGAGUUCUCGACUUGCAGGACAACACCUUCACACUCACCGGCGCCAAGGCUCUGGCCAAAGUGACCCCGACCUGGACCCUCAUUCGCGAGCUCGGCAUCGGAGACUCCCUGCUGGGCGCCAAGGGUGGUGUCCUGCUGUCGGCGGCCCUCGGGCGAGGCAAGAACGUUCAGCUCGAGGUGCUGCGGUUGCAAUACAAUGACAUCACGGCAGUAGGUGUCAAGGGCUUCGCUGCCGCUGCCAAGAGUGCCUUGCCGGCGCUGAAGCGAAUCGAGCUCAACGGAAACAAGUUCUCCGAGGAAGACGACUCGAUCCUUGCCCUCCAGGAGCUGCUCGACGAGCGCAAGGAGAACUUUGCCGGUGAUGUUAUUCUGGAGGAUGAGUGGGGUGUCGACAGCCUCAGCGAUCUCGAGGAGGAGGAUAGCGAGGAGGAGGAGGAGGAGGAGGAGGAGGAAGAGGAAAUCGAGCCCGAGGAGCGGGCUGAGAAGCUCGUCAAGGAGGCCGAGGAGGCUCAAGAAGAACCCGUCGUGCAGGUCAAGGACAAGGAGGUGGAGGAUUUGGCUAAGAAACUGGAGAAGACGGAUAUCUAG